ACACCGUACGCGGGUUUUGGUAAGUUGUAAAUUGAGAUGGAACGAGCUUUGGACGUUUCAAAACGUCCAAUUUUGGCCCAAUAAAAUGCCUUCCUCUUCGAAACUCUCUCGAGCUUCUUCCCUCACCCAAAAAAACAAAAAAGGAAAAUAAAAAAUGCCUUUAUUCCUUCAUUAUUCGUGACACACUGGCUAAUAAAGCACUUCUUUUUUGUUUCUUUUCUAUUAUAACGUCCCUUGAACCGUGACAUAAGGAGAACACAAAGGAAGACAAAGGGGAGAAGAGUGAUUAUAAAGAGAACACAUCGACAAAUACACCCAUUGUUUGCUUCUUCCCUUUGAUUCAGCCUUGUUUUUGUGAACCGUCACAUUGGCUAAGGACUAUUUGUCUCUAAGCUAUGGUUCUUGACAGCGUUGUAUCUUCUCCCCAUCGGAGGUCAGGAUCAAUGAGGAAGCAAUUCCUAAAAGAUGAGUUGGGUAGCUGGUCAACACUUGUUCAGAGGCAUAGAUUCCUCUUAACAGCUUUGGGACUCUUAGCAUUCCUAUGUACCAUCUACCUUUACUUUGCUGUUACUUUAGGGACCACGGAUACAUGUUCUGGGUUGAAAGGAACACAGAAAGCAACGUGUAAACUGCAGCAUGCAAGGUCGACUCUGUCCCAUGGAAAACUGAAAUUCAUUUAGCAUGUUUAUACCAAAUUAAUAGUUGCUUUUAUUAUUAUAAUAUUCAUUUUUAGGCCAUUUGAGGGUAUUUAAAUUUGAAAAAAAUGCAAUUCAUUUAUUGUAGAUUAUUUUGUGUUGGUAUGCUUGUUGGUGUUCAUAUACAGUGUUUAAUCUGUGCAGCAGAAAUUGUCAUUCUAAGUUAAUUGUAAUGAAUUAAUCUUAUGAAGAAGCUAAUUUUCCAAAUGUUGAAGAUGCUGACAAUGCGGUUGUUUUAAACUUUUGAAGUUGGUAAGAAAUGCUUUUAUCUUUCAUGCAUUAAGAUUGUGAUGCAAACUAUUUUGAAGUUGCAAUACCUUUAUCAAUAAUCUGUUGAAAAUUUUAUGUAUUACAAAUUUUGAAGUUGCAAUACUCAGCUUUUGUGUUUGCUAGGGAUGUUAAUAUUAUUCAUACCCAAUUAAAAUUUACUUUUU